UUUACAUUCGUUAAUUUCCAGUCGUCUUUAUGCGUUGCUUUCGUUCAGCUAUCGGAAUUUCGCGAGUUUUUUGAUAGUCUAUAAAUUUUUAGUAAAUUUGUUCGCAAUUUAGGUGAUAUCUAUCCCGGAAAAUGCAGAACAAGAUUGCCAAUUUGAAGGCUCAAAAUCCUAUCUUCGGGCAGCUAGUGAUAGGUCCUCCGGGGUCCGGCAAAACCAGUUACUGUGGCAAGAUGAAAACGUUUCUGGAAAAGUUGGAACGGAAGGUAACUGUAGUCAACUUAGAUCCGGCUAACGACAACAUGGAAUACGAAGCUGGAGUGGACAUAAUGCAACUCAUCACUGUUCAGGACGUGAUGGAAAAGUUCGAUUUGGGUCCAAACGGAGCCCUCAUUUACUGCAUGGAAUUCCUGGAGACAAACUUCGGAUGGCUUUUGGAACAGUUGAAAAGCUGCUCUUCUGAAAGGUAUUUCAUUUUUGAUUGUCCUGGUCAAGUUGAGUUAUAUACACAUCACAACGCUAUGAAGAACAUCUUUGAGAAGCUCGACCAGUUGGGCUACCAUCUAUGUACGGUCCAUUUGGUAGAAUCUCAUCACUGCUCAGAACCGCAUAAAUUUAUUUCAACUCUGCUUUUGUCGCUCCACACAAUGCUCCAGAUGGGGCUCCCUCAUGUCAAUGUUUUAAGUAAAGCAGAUCUCCUGAAAGAGUAUGAAUCAAAGCUGGCUUUCAAUCUGGAGUACUACACCGAAGUUUUGGAUCUGAACUAUCUGCUUGAGUGUGUAGACAGUUCCAUGAUCGGACCUAAGAACAAGUACAAGAAGCUCAACGCCGCAAUAGUCUCAAUGGUCGAGGAUUACAGCUUAGUAUCGUUCACUUUGUUGGACUCGCGACGGGAUGACAGUUUGUUAAGGCUUAAAAAUGCCAUCGACAAGGCCAACGGAUACGUUUAUGGGGCUGGGGAGGAGAAAAAUAUCAACACAUUGCUGGCUUGUGCCGUUGGAGCACAAACGGAAACCGAUCGAAUGGAACGGGACAUCAAUCCAUACCGAAGUUAGCGUUAGGGAAGUGGACAAUAAUAAAUACUGUUACCUU